UUUUGUCAUCUUUUUGCUCAUGACAAGUUUGUCACUGCCACUGAUCAUAUGGGCCAACUGAAUAUUGAGAUGACUAUAUUUGUCAUGUAAUCUGGUGGUUCUGGUAUCAUAUGAAAUCCAGCAAAGGUGCAACAGAGUUUUUUUUUUUUCGAGGUGACUAUGACAGUGAACCACCUCAGCUGCACAUCACUAAAGUUGCUCCAUCGUGACAUAGGCAUCAACGGUCCAAAUCAUGUGAACAGCUUGUCUACAUGCAAAGAUAAGACCAUGUACAUAUGAAGCCCCUAGAUUCUGCAGAAGCUUUUGGAACUGGACUGAUCAUUUGUGGCGUUGAACCUUGACACCAUAUGGAAUAGAGAGCUGUACUGCAGACACUUCAUUUUGAAUUACAACUUUCAAGUCUUCUUCUCUUGGGAGAACAAACAUAUGCCUGAUGCGACCCAGAAGCAUAACCAAGGUUGGUAUGUUACACCAAUUAUAUGAACUUGGAUUUACGCUGUUGUGCAUUUUGGGGCUUUGUUGAGCAGCUUUUUACUACUUCACACUUGGUACCUGUUGCCAUUUUUGUGUUGCUCAAAACUAUUGCAAGGAGCUUCAUAUUAUCUGUAUCUCUAUGUGUGUCUUCCUCCUGCUCUUGAUAAUGAGUAAUGUUCAUGCUGUUUUCAGUUCAGUUUACGUCGAUUUGGUCCUUAAUUUUACUGUUGGUGUUUGUGGGCAUUCAUUUUGCAGCUGAGCAUAUAUGUAAAACUGAAUACUUCUGUCUGGUAGCAAAAGAUCCUUUGUUCAGCAUAUUCUUCCAUUCUGUCUCAAUGAUUGUCUACACGAAUUUUCUCGCCUCCUACCUCUGUAGUAAUUAUACAUGCUACUUGGUAUAGAACUACAAGUGGUAUCGUGCUUGUAAAAUAACAUACAUAUCCUAUGCGUUGCUUUCUCCUUCCCUAUAUAACAACUAAUGCUCAUGCUGUUUCUAGUUCAUGGUCUAAAAUUUACUGUUUUGCGACCGAUCACAAAUGUAAAAUGAAUGUGUUUGGGUGGUUACCUAAGAUCACUGCACUGCAUAUUCAUCCAUUCGAUCUCGAUGGUUGUCUCUCUUGUCUGCCACCUUUGUCGUGCAUACAUACUUAUAUGUGCUACUUGGAUUUAUUAUGUGUUUUUCUCCUGCCCUUUAACAUGACCAAUGCUCUUUCAGUUUAAUCAAUUUGGUUCUAAUUCUACCAUUAAUGCUUGUUCAUUUUGGAACCAAGAAUAUAUGUAAGCUGCAUAUAUUUUGAGUGAUAGCAUAAGAUUACUGUUCAUCAUUUUCAUCCAUUCUGCCUCGGUGAUUGCCUGCUUGAAUUUUCUUGUCUGCUGCUUUAUUGUACUUAUAAAUGCCACUGGGUAUAUAAAUUUGUAUAUUUGUUGUAUGAUACAUGGAAAAUAACAUAUAUUGCCUCUUGAAGCUUGAAACUAUAUAUUGUUUUCUCUUAUAUGGGGACUGAUGUUCCAAAUGCCUAUUUUCCUAUCCAAAUCUGUCUCGAAUUCGAUCCAGGGAUACUGGUUUGGAUUUCCAUUUCCAUGCACACAAAAUGUGAAAUGAAAUAAUAAGGGGGAGAUGAUCACAUUAGUUAUAUUUGGCUUUGAUACUCCUGUAAGAACACCAUCACCAUCACAUCAGUAGGGAUGAUUGGGGAUUGACAUUGAAUCAGAUAUACACUUUUUGGUUUGUGUCAUUCUUCUGAAUAAAAUUUAAUAUAAUCAAAUUCAAGUGGGUUGGGUGGAUCUGACCAUUAAAAAAAAAAACGAAAAAAAAUGAAAUUGGCGUUGCUUCAUUUUUAUCUCAUAUUAAGAAAUUUGUUCGAUCCAUUUUGACUAGGAAAUGCUCAAAUCCUACAUGCUUAAUCUAUGGAUAAUAAUAAUAAUAAUACAUUGAUAUCUGAACUUAAACUUGACUAAUUAUUUACUUACCUAAAUCUAUGUACUGUCAUGCUUUGUUUUGUUCCAAUUCAAAUCCGAUUUAAGUGGAUCGCAUCGAUCUGAAAAUAAAAGAAAAAAGAAAGAGCCAAUCAAUCUGCUGUCAAUCUUGGAGAAGUCGUCGUUCGGGCGCUUGCAGCGGAUGCGGCUAUGCCUCUUCCUCUCGUUCUCAGCAAAUGUGGCGCUCCGACCUCGUCCCGUCGUCUGCUAUAAAACGCCCCUCCGAUCCACCCCGUCGCACGCAUCUCUUCCUCGUGGUCUUAAAGAGGGAACCAGCCGGCAGCCAUAUCCAUCGUGCAAGGCAGCGGAAUGGACCCCUUCGCGCAGGGGCUGUGGGACUCGUCCUCCGCGGCGCCACCGGCGGCGGCGGCGGCCGAGCUCCCCGGCAUGCAGGUCGACUGGAAGGAGACGGGGGAGGUACACGUUAUCAAGGCGGACCUGCCGGGAGUGCGGCGGGAAGAGGUGAAGGUGGAGCUGGAGAGCGGAGGCCGGGUGCUCCAGAUCAGCGGGGAGCGCCGCCGCGAGGUGCACGAGACGGGCGACACCUGGCGCCAGGUGGAGCGGAGCAGCGGCAGGUUCAUGCGCCGCCUCUCGCUACCGGAAAACGCCAAGGUGGAGGGGGUGAAGGCGUCCAUGGAGCACGGGGUGCUCACCGUAGUGGUUCCCAAGGCGGAGGUCAACCAGCUCCGUAUCGAGUCCGCCCAGAUGUCCGGUUGAAGCUAAUCGCUCGACCGUCAUGGAAGCACAUGCACCAGUUGGCAUCCAAGCGCUUGGUGUCUUCCAUCAUAAUAAACCUUUAUUAUUAUUAUUAUUAUUAUUAUUAUUAUUAUUAUUAUUAUUAUUAUUAUUGUCACCUCACUUGUUUGUAUUU